UUUAACAUUAAUUUAUUAAAAAACAAAUUAAUACAAAAAUGACAACACGAGAAAUAUUAACAAUUCAAUUAGGCCAUUACUCCAACUUCAUUGGAACUCAUUGGUGGAAUCUUCAGGAAAAUAAUUUUUCUUAUGAUCCUAACAAUCCUUCCGAGAUAAAUCAUGAUGUUUUGUACAGAGAAGGAGAAAAUUUCAAGAAACAAGUAACAUUUUGUCCCAGACUUUUAUUAGUGGAUUUGAAAGGAACAUUGGGUUACUUAAAAGAAAGUGGAACUUUGUAUGAUGUUCCACAACACGAAGAAUUAUCUUCAUUACUAUGGGAUGAACAAAACGUAGAGAUAAAAGAAGAAAAUCCAUGUUCUAAACCAGCCUUCAUAGAAAGUUUAGAUAAGUCAGCAGAAGCAGCACAAUUGCAAGAAAUUGAUUUAGAAAAUUCUGUAAACACAUGGGUCGAUUACUUAGUGCCUAGAUUUCAUUCGAGAACAGUUAACACUAUAAAAGAAUAUGAACAUAAUUCUAGCGAUCAUCAGUUUGAUAUUUAUACCUAUGGUAGAAAUUUAUGGAAGAAGGAACAAUUUUCAGAUGAUUUCACUGAUAAAAUACGAGCUUAUGUUGAAGAAUGCGAUUUAAUGCAAGGCUUUCAAGUACUGGUUGACUCAACAGAUGGAUUUUCCGGGCUUGGUGUCUCGUGCAUUCAACAUUUAAGAGACGAAUAUGGCAAAAGUAUUAUAACAUUUCCAUCUAUCGACGGUCGAAACACCGAUUCAUCUACAUCAGACAUAAUUAAAGCAAUUAACAUAGCAUUAUGUUGGCAACAGUUAGAAGAAUACUCAUCGCUCUUUAGUCCUAUUUGUUGUGGACAAAGUGGUUGGCCCCAAAUAGGCCUUCCUCGAAAUUUUGACAAUUUAAAUUACGAAUUAGAACUUAAAUAUCACACCAGUUCGAUACUGGCAACUGCAUUAGACACAUUGAGUUUGAGAUAUAGACGUAAAGAAUAUGCGAAUGUAGUAUUAUCCGAUUUAUGUGCCGAUCUCUCUUAUAAUGGAAAAGCGGCAAUAACUAGUUUAAGUUUACCAUUUCCAAUGACGGUCAAACGAGAUUUGAUCGACGUAUUAGACGAUUAUGAAGGUUCCAUGUUGACAAGUUUGACACCUAGUUGUGAUGUACCAAUAGAUAAAAGUAUGCAAAGUAUAGCAUUGCGAGGAAUACCGGAAGAUAGAUUGAAAAGACCGAUGGACAAAGCUAAUAAGCAAAUGUCCAAACCUGCAUACAGAUGUUCGACCGUACACGAAAUGAUGACGUGUUAUUUAGCUUAUGUAUAUCAAUCAUCAGCAACGUAUUUGUCGACCAUAGAAUCGAGUCUUAAAAUAAAACCACCUUAUCCGAAAGUUUUCAACAACAACGUUACGGAAACCGGAGAUAUCGCGGGAUGGCCAGUCGCAGAAGAAGUACGAUCAGUCCCAGUUAUGGCUGGAUUACAUACUGGCAAAAGUCUUGGAUCGAUGUUUGAACUUUUACAUAAUCAAUUAAUGAGAGUACGAAGUAUUAACAGGUUUCAUGCAUUUACCGAUUCCGGCCUCGAUGUAAAUGAAUUUCAUGAUUGUUGCAAUUAUUUGUUGGAUCGUAAAGAAGCCUAUGAAGAUCAUUAUAUUUAAGGAGUUUAAUAAAAUUACUGAUUUUUUAUAUUUA